UAGGUCGGGUCAAAUUCUACAAGCCCUACUCCUAUUUCACUCAUCGAAGAUGUGAAUUUGGUCAACUUGUAUUAGCAAAUACUAAUUACUAAAAACUAUGCUCUUCACACUCUUUGUGGGUCUUUUAGAUAAGUGUAUGUUAUGUGUAAUUGUGUAUGUAUCCUAAUUUAAUAUCCCUCCCCCCUCCAAUCUUUUCUUGCCCCCUUAACUCUCUCAAAAACCAACCCACAAACACUUACAUACCCACAAAUUUAUACUCCUAUAUCCUAUUCAUUCUCUACUACUAUUACUAUAAUCAAUUCUAAAUUCCCAAUUCCCAAUUAUAGAAUACUCCCACUAAUCAUAGAUUUGAUUCCGAAUUUUCUCUAUUUUGAACAGGCUAUCUCCCUUCAUCACUACAACAAUUUUUAAUUUUUCAAUUUGAUCACUAAUGAGGGGUGGAUUGAGUGCGAUCCAGCAAACCCUAACGCCGGAAGCGGCGAGUGUUUUGACCCAUUCGAUCGCUGAAGCUGGCCGUAGAAAUCACGGCCAAACAACCCCUUUACAUGUUGCUGCCACUUUGUUGGCUUCCCCUACCGGGUUUCUCCGACAAGCUUGUAUUCGUUCGCACCCGAAUUCUUCUCAUCCACUUCAGUGUCGGGCUUUGGAGCUUUGUUUUAGUGUCGCUUUAGAGCGAUUACCCACGGCUCAAACGGGUGGUGCUGCUUCCGCCUCCGAGUUGCCUCUCUCUAACGCUCUAAUGGCGGCUUUAAAACGGGCUCAAGCACAUCAACGGAGAGGGUGUCCAGAACAGCAACAGCAACCUUUGUUGGCGGUGAAGGUUGAAUUGGAGCAGUUGAUUAUAUCUAUACUAGAUGACCCGAGUGUUAGUCGGGUCAUGCGGGAAGCUUCGUUUUCAAGUCCGGCGGUGAAAGCUGCUAUUGAGCAGGUUAUUAGUGCACAGCCCAAUUCCGGAAGUGCUGGUGGUGUUGGGCCUAGAAUUGGGUUGGGAUUCCGACCUGGGCCGGCUCCUCCUCCGUCGGGUAUUGGGCUUCAAAGGAAUUUGUAUUUGAAUCCGAGGUUACAGCAGCAACAACAACAGCAACAGCUCCAAGGAAAUGCGUCUCAAGGAAGAGGCGAUGAUGUAAAAAAAGUGAUGGAUAUCCUUUUAAAAUCCAAGAAGAGAAACCCGAUUUUAGUGGGCGAAUCCGGACCUGAAGAGGUAAUCAAGGAAGUGAUUAGAAGGAUAGAUAAAGAAGAAAUACGCGAUGAGAUAUUGAAAGGGGUAGAAGUAAUCUCAAUAGAGAAAGAGCUAGGUUCGGAUAGAUCACAAUUGCUUACAAAGGUAAAGGAGAUGGUAACAUUAAUUGAGAGAAAAAUGGUGGUGAAUUGUAAAGGAGGAAAUGGUGUGAUUAUUGAUUUGGGUGAUUUGAAAUGGUUGGUUGAUCAACCUGCUAAUCAAGGGAUUUCUGAAGCUGCAAGAGGGGUUGUCAGUGAGAUAGGGAAGAUUUUGAAGAAAUUUGGGGAAACAAGUAAAAUUUGGUUUAUGGGCAUUGCUACUUGUGAGACUUAUUUAAGAUGCAAGGUUUAUCAUUCUUCAAUGGAGGAUGAAUGGGAUCUUCAUGUUGUUUCUAUUGUGGCUAAACCCCCUAUUCCUGGGAUAUUGCCAAGGUUGGGAUCUAAUGGGGGAAUUUUAAGCAGCUCUGUUGAGUGCUUAAGCCCAAUGAAAGGAUUUCCGAUGCCUGCGCCAUCUUUUACUGGCCGGGUGUCAGAAAAUUUGGACCCUUCUAGAAGAUUUGGGUGCUGCCCGCAGUGUACAGAGAAGUAUGAACAGGAGCUAGCAAAAUUGAUAGCAGGGCAAACAGAGAAACAAUGUUCGGAAGUUAAAUCAGAUGGAACUCGACAGUUGUUGCCCCCAUGGUUACAAACUGCAAAAUCGAGCAAUAAUGAUACGGUUCAGAGUAAGGAGCAAGAUGUGAUUCUGAGGCGAAAAACACAAGAAUUGCAGAAGAAAUGGAGAGAAUCAUGCUUGCAUUUACAUCCUAGUUUUCACAAUAGUAUGAGCUCUGAGAGAAUCUUUUCAUCACCUCUUUCAUUGACGGGCUUGUACAAUCCGCAAUUACUUGCACGUCAACCAUUUCAACUGAAAAUACAACAACCUAGAGUCCUUGGAGAUGGGUUACAGCUCACUAUCAAUUCUCUCGUGCCUGCUCAACCGAAUGUUGAAAAACCUUCUAGUACACUUGGGAGUCCGGUGAGAACCGACCUUGUUCUGGGCCCAACAAAGACCAUGGUUACAGCGCAAGAUAGCACCCAGAAGGAUGGCCUCAAGGACUUACUUGGUGGUUGCAUUUCAUCGGAAACAACUGACAAGCCGUUUACGGCUAUUUCUGAAGAUGUAGACUCAUACAAGAGGCUGCUCAAAGGUUUGAUAGCAAAGGUAUGGUGGCAAACAGAUGCAGCGUCCGCUGUAGCUGCUGCAGUUACACAAUGUAGAUUAGGGAAUGGAAAACGGCGUGUUAGUGGAUCAAAGGGUGACAUUUGGAUGCUUUUCUCGGGUCCAGAUAGAACAGGAAAGAAAAAGAUGGCUGCUGCCCUCUCUGACCUUGUGUGUGGUAUUGGUCCCAUCAUAAUUUCCCUUGGUUCUAGACGUGAUGAUGAAUCUGAUUUAAAUUUUCGUGGUAAAACUGUGAUCGAUAGAAUCGUAGAGGCAGUUAGGAGGAAUCCAUUUUCUGUAAUAAUGCUGCAAGAUGUUGAUGAGGCUGAUUUGAUAGUACGAGGAAGCAUCAAACAGGCGAUGGAAAGGGGAAGGAUUUCAGAUUCCCAUGGCCGAGAAAUCAGCCUUGGGAAUGUCAUUUUCAUCGUUACGUCAAAUUGGGUGCCGGAUGAGCUGAGGAGCUCAUCUGACGGUGUAGUUACUCUCAGCGAAGAAAAGAUGACCGCCUUAGCUACUGGUGGUUGGCAGUUGAGGAUAUCAAUACUCGAAAAGCCCACCAGCACAGGGAAAAGAUCACCUACCUGGCUUAAUGAUAACAAUCAGGAUCGGGCUUCAAAACAAAGAAAAGAGGAAUCCGAUGCUGGACUAUCAUUUGAUCUCAAUCAAAUGGCCGACAUAGAUGAUGAUCGACUAGACGGCUCCCACAAUUCAAGCGACAUCACAGUGGAACACGAGUAUGAGAACAGGGGAUCUCCUACAACCUCAUCCGCUGCACCCAAAGAACUGCUAGCUUUACUUGAUGAAGCCGUCUUCUUCAAGGUGGUCGACUUUAAGCUGAUCAGGCAAAACACGGAAAGAUCCAUAUUAUCCAAAUUCUCUUCAAUUAUAGGAGAUAAUUUAUCAGUUGAGAUUGAGAGCGAAGCCUUAGAGAAGAUCUUAAGCGGGAUAUGGUUAGGACAAACCACAUUAGACACUUGGUCAGAGAAGGCCUUAGUACCAAGCAUUCAUCAAAUUAAAGCAAGAUACCCAUCGUUACUUGCCCAUGAACUCGAGAGUAAAAUAGUUGCUCGGCUUGAGUUAGAUCAAGAGUCGGAGAGUCGGGAUCCCGCAGAUUGGCUACCAAGUAGAAUCUCGGUGGUCGCUGAUGCAUGGUAGUAUGGUGUAUGUAGGGAGAUUUGUGUGUAUAUAUACUUGAAAAAUUAGUGUUUUUGCAGGAUUAUCAUCAUACCCAAUAUAUCUUGCUCAUGUUUUGGCAGGAUAUGGUGGGCAAAUGUAGGAGAAAUACGGUUGGGGGAAGACCUAUACGGGGAUACUUCAUAGUUCAUACUAUAGAUGAUCAAAAGAUAAUCUUUGGUCCUAAACUAUAUGAUCAUUGCUCAUUGGUCACCCUCAUUAUUUAAUUUUUCAUUUCCUUUUUGUUUUUAGUAAUUUUUACAAAUGUAAUAGUAUGUAAUAUAAAGUCCGUUGAUAAAUAUAAAAGAUAGAUUAUUAAAUUAUGUGACAGAAACAGAUGAUUAAAUUAAUUAAUAAGAUGAGACAUUUCCUCA